CGCGACGGCAGUGUUCCAGGUGCCGGUGUAACACGUAGACGUCGCGCCGCGUCGUCCUCAAUUCCAACGGUCCACGAAACGUCGCCUCCAUAGGCGGAGGAGGUGGAGGGUUGACGGUGUCAUGCGACGCUGCCGUCGUCGUACAGUGGCGGCGGAACCUGAGCGACUAACCGAGUGAUCGGACGUCACUGCUUUUUGCCGGUUGUGGAUGUUUUUCUUACUGUUAAUGAUGUAAGGUGUGACGUUGUUUUCAGACAUAUCAUUGGGGCAAUACUAGGUCAAGUUUAGGCUGUUUUUAAACCUGGAUUAGUUAAAUUACAAGAUCGCAAUCAUGCUCAACGAACUGAACUGGAGAUUCUUGUUCCUCAUCUGGAUUUCUCCAAUAGUAUUCACUUAUUCUUCAGGAUACAGGCGUAAAGAAACUCAACACAAGUAUUCAGAAUGGAGACAGUUGUGGCAUCCAAACUUUGAAGAUUAUAAUAGAGCAGAGGCAUCUGUAGGGUUUGACAAUAACACCAUCACUAACGUUACAGUACAACUAGGUGCUACAGCCUAUCUGCACUGUAGAGUUCGCAGUUCAGCUGAUAGAACAUUGGGAGGGGGAGAGCAAGUAUCAUGGAUACGUCGAAGAGACUGGCAUAUACUGUCUUCUGGAGUUUUUACAUAUACCAAUGACGAAAGGUUCCAGAUUUUACAUGCCGAGGGAUCAGAUGACUGGACAUUGCAGAUCAAAUAUGUGCAGAAACGGGAUAACGGAACCUAUGAAUGCCAAAUAUCUAGUAGUCAGGGUCUGGUGUCACACUUUGCCAAUCUACAAAUAGUUGUGCCAGAAGCAACAAUUCAGGGUAGCAGAUCGGGUGAACACCAUGUAGAUAUAGGUAGCGUCAUCGAUCUUAUAUGCGUUAUUGAUAAGAGUCCAACACCACCACAAUACGUUUUUUGGUACCACAAUGACCGAAUGAUCAAUUAUGACACUGCUAGAGGUGGUAUAUCGGUGGAAACCGUUCCUGGACCAAGAACUCAGAGCAGGCUGACCAUCCAGAACACUAAUGAUGCCGAUUCUGGAAAUUACACCUGCACAGCAUCGAAUACUGAGUCUGCUUUUAUCUAUGUAUUUGUAUCCGAAGGUGACAACGUGGAUGCUAUAUUAAUGAGAAAAUCAGGCGCCAUUUGCCUCAUCAGUCAGCUGUUCCUGUUGCUUUUUCCAUUUUUGACACCUGUCAUUCGAUAGACGAAGACAGAAGACAGCCGAACACAGAAGACAUGUCAUUAUUUGUAAAAAAAAUAUCGAGAAAAGAAUAAAACUGACUGAAAUGGACAUCUGUCAACAUGAUGCGAUAAGUGUAUAGAACAAAUGUACGAGCAUCUGUGGUGAGAAGCGCUAAAUCUGAUUUUAAAAAAUUAAAAAUAAACUGUCCUGUAUAAAAAUGUACAAUUUAAAGACUUGUAACGUUUACUAAUAAAAUAAAUAAAUUAGAGUUUUUUUUUUGAUUCUUAUAAAGUGGAAAUAUGUAAGAAUCAAAUAAAAAAGAAUAUUAUAUAGAGGAAUUUAAAAAAUCGAUUUUUCGUUCUAAGAAAAUAAAAUCUUCUAGGUGUCUAUUUUUCACGAAAAACCUAUAUGUUUAUUAGCAAAUACAUCAAAUAUAUCUUUUAAUAAGUCUUGACUAAAAUUAAGUAAAAAUUAAAAAAAAAAUAAUAAAUACAUAAAUCAACGCCAGAUUUAUUUAUUUCAACAUUUUUAUUGAGAUCAAUUUUUUUAGUAACUUUGAAUAAAGCUCUAUAGAACUCUAUAGAAAGAUAUAUCAUGUUGAUGAUAUAUUCGAUGAUAUUUGCUUCACUCUGUAUAUUCUAACGUAACAUCCGAUUGUAAGAGAAGUAUAAAUUUAAAUUAUUAAGAAAAUAACCAGAAUCGAAAUUCAGGAAUUUUCUGUGGCA